AUCAGUUGGAGUUAUUCAGGAUGCGUCACGCUGUGAUCUUUGUUUUCGUUUGCGGAUUACUCUGCGCCCUGGUCUCGGCCGGCCUAUUGGGUGGCGGCGGGGGAGGCGGAGGAUAUGGCGGUGGCGGUGGAGGUAAUGGCGGCGGAGGAUAUGGCGGCGGUGGCGGUUCACAUGGGGGCGGAGGCGGCAAUGGCGGCGGAGGAUAUGGCGGCGGUGGUGGUUCACAUGGAGGCGGUGGCGGCGGUGGAUAUGGAGGUGGUGGUGGCGGAGGAUAUGGAGGUGGUGGUAGCGGUGGUUUCGGAGGCGGCAAACACGGAGGCGGUGGUGGAGGCGGAGGAUACGGCGGCGGCGGUGGCGGUGGAUACGGCGGCAACGGCGGUAACGGCGGUGGUGGAUACGGCGGCAACGGCGGAGGCGGUGGUGGCAAGCACGGCGGCAACGGCGGUGGUGGAUACGGCGGCAACGGAGGCGGUGGUGGUGGCAAGCACGGAGGCGGUGGUGGCGGUGGAUAUGGCGGCAACGGAGGCGGUGGUGGCGGCAAGCACGGAGGCGGUGGUGGCGGUGGAUACGGCGGCGGUGGUGGCGGCAAGCACGGUGGUGGAUGGUAA